AGAUUCCAGACGAUCGUGCCACUGCUAGGCCGGAGGGCUGCUCAAUCAUAGGCCCCUCAUUCUGAUUAACCAGCCAGAUGAUAAAACAAGCAGAAUCAUGACGCUCAGACGACUCGUCUGGCCCAGAGGCCGUCUUGAUGGACUGGCAAUGCUCAAAAAGCAGCAUCAUGAGCCUAUACCAUUCAGACAUGGGCGACCAACUUCAGGCCGGCGCUAUUUAGCGUCUCACAAGGCAGUCUCCCACAGCCAGCGCCAUUUAUUCCCAGACUUGAUGCCGCCAACCGUUUGCCCGGAACUUGGAAAUCUGCUAGAGUCCAUCCAGAAGCUGGACACAUCGCAAAUCAGCUGGGAAUUCACUGCCUGGACUGAUAUAUUGAGCGAUGAGAAUUCUCCAGGUCACGAGGCAGCAGUUCGAGAAGCCAGAGAGCUCCCCGGGCCUACCCUUUCUGAGAUUCUGCGCAGCAUUGACCCUCUUCUCUCGACAGAGGUCGAUAUUGCCCACGGACUAAAUCUCACUCAGGGACAUGCUCAAUUCACCUUCCCUGGCAAGCUGUUGAACCAAUUUGGUGUUCGCAAAGUCCACCAUGGCAUUCUUCAAGGCGUUCGGACACUCAUUACCAUCCGUAGUGAAGCACCGUCACCUCACAGCUUAACAACGGCCGACUACGAAGUGGCCAUGAGAUGCGCUGGAGCAGCAGUGGACUUCCAGCAGGCCAAAGUAUUUUGGAACGCUAUGGCAGCUCAGGGAUUGCAAGACUCUCGCACGUCUAAAUCAUGGGCCGAUUUCAUCAAAGCCCGUUUCAUGACGGAGCCGGAGUACUACCAGUUCGACCGCUCCAGAGUCGCCUUUCUUGCUCGCGACCUGUACAGCAACCGCAACCCAAUGCCCAUGUCAGUACUCAAGCACCAGGACAAAAUCAGAUUCAGUGUCAAUGCCCUGAAAAGGGAACCCUGGAAUCGAAGGAUCGACGAGCUCGACGAAGACAUGCGGCGCCUCAUGCGUCGGCGUAUGGGCUACAAGAGCUUCAAGAGCCACUGGAUACGAGGCCUCUACUACGGACAUGAGAUGGACGAGGAGCUGCUGUGCACUUCCAUGGUUGCCUUUGCCAGGUCCGGCUCCCUGAACUCCAUCAAAAAGAUGAUCCUGGAGAACUACUACGGCGUCGUCGUCACCCAAAAGGACGCCUCCGGCCAGCCUGCAGACAUUGAAAUCUCCGGUGGCCGUGACUUUCCGCCAAACUCCCCCCUGACACCCACGCCUCGCCUCCUCCAAGCCAUCGUCGAGGCCUUUGGGUCCAUGUCCCACAUCGUCCUCGGCACGAAGCUGCUCGACUUCGUCUCCCGCCGCUACAACAUCCCCAUCCCCCACAAAACAUGGUCCAGCCUCCUCAACUGGACCUACAUCUCCGCCUCCAAGCCCUUCAAACCCAUCCGCGACAUGCAAACCGGCCAACUGUCCACCUCCAGCUCCGCCGCCGACGUCCGUCACAUCUGGCACGCCAUGACAUCGGAGCCGUACAACAUCACGCCAACCUUUGCCGACCUCGACAUCUACGUCAAAACCCUCAUCAACCAGCGCUCCUUUGGCCAAGCCAUCGCCACCAUCCGCGCCCACGCAAUCCCCCACUACUCCUCCCUCCUGACAAACUACCACAACGCCCUCACCGACGAGAUCCUCCAGCUCGACGCUCUCGCAACCCUCUCCAAGGCCCGUGCCUCAUCGCUCACCUCCCGCGCCACCUCCCGCCGCCGCCACGCCCAGCUCCUCAAAGACCACACCCACCACCUCAUCGCCUCCUGGUUCAGCCGCCUCCUCAAGUCCGCCUCCGCCACCAAAUCCGCGCGCGGGGGCUCCUUUGCGCACACGCGCAUCCCGGACCUGCUCCUCGAGUUCCCAGACUUCUUCCACCCGCAGGUGCGAUACCGCACUGCCCAGGGCCACGUCGUGCUGCAGCGGCCCGACACCGACGUCACCAAGCGCUUUGACUGGGAUAACGGCACUUGGCGACAGACUUUGCCGCAGAAGAAAUCGGGCAUCUACGCGCGGGACUUUGAAGGCGCCGACGACCCGGAGUUUCCCUGGCCGAGGGUGAAGGAUAUGAAAGUGCUGGAGUGGAAGAGAGUGCCGAGAAGGAGAUCGGAUGUGAUGCUACGGCCGCCAAGAGAAUGGGCAAAGGAGGCGAGAGCGCAGGAGUGGUGGGAUACGCUAGAAGAGGAGCUGAUGUUGUAGAUUUGUUCGAUACAUUGUAUUGUAGAGUAUAUAUAUAUCUGUAUAAAUAGGGGUAUAGAUGGAUGUCAUCUGUCCAUAGAACAAUACAUCUACGAAGAUUUAAAGAAAGACAUUCAUACGCAUAAGGCAAAAUUUAC